UACGUGUUGAAAUGGGUCUGGUGACUGAGACGGCCAUGACAUAUGGUUUACAUCGUUUUCAUGCUCAUCAAGGCUAUAAGGACACGAUUGACAACCGAUAUAUUAUUUCAGAAUUCAUUAAAAUUAGGGUAAAGUUUGGCUGUCCGUUUAAGCGUCAACUGUGUCCUUAUAAUCUCCCUAGCAAGCUAGCUAACGGUGUGCAUAGUUGUUUAGGGCUACAUAAAGGAGCUCUAUUCGAGAGCGUGAGUACGCAGUCAGGUAAAAUCGGAGAAGAGAUCUCCGUUUAGUGCUUGGUCACCACUUCAGCUUGAACAACCAGCCGAACGGAGAAUGGACAGCUAUCAGGCUAGCUAGCUAGGUGAAAUUCAAAGAGGACAUGUGCUAGCUGUCAUGUCUCCCUCCCCUCUAGGUUCGUGUGGGACGACAGUUUCCUGUUUUCGCCAGUGUCCAGGUUGAUUCGACCAUAACUUCUGGAUUGUGAACACGCGAGGUGGAGAUGCAGACUUUUUUGAAAGGCAGAAGAGUGGGUUACUGGCUCAGCGAGAAGAAGAUGAAGAAGCUGAAUUUUCAGGCCUUUGCUGAUUUGUGCAGGAAAAGAGGAAUAGAAGUAGUCCAGCUGGACCUGAGCCAGCCCCUGGAGGAGCAGGGUCCCCUGGACGUCAUCAUCCACAAACUGACUGACCUGAUCCUGGAGGCCGACCAGAACGACACACAGUCAGUCCUGCUGGUGCAGAGAGUGCAGGACUACAUUGAUGCCCACCCUGAGACCAUCGUGCUGGACCCCCUCCCAGCAAUCAGAACCCUACUGGACCGCUGCAAGUCCUACCAGCUCAUCCAUCGGAUAGAGGACUGUAUGCAAGAUAAGAGGAUCUGCUCUCCCCCAUUCAUGGUUUUGAACACUGAGUGUGGUCCAGACACGCUGGAGCAGAUUGAGAAGCAUGGACUCACAUUCCCCUUUAUUUGCAAAACACGAGUAGCCCAUGGAACCAACUCCCACGAGAUGGCCAUCAUUUUCAGUGAGGAGGACCUGAAGGGCGUGAAGCCUCCAUGUGUGAUCCAGAGCUUCAUCAACCACAACGCGGUGCUCUACAAGGUGUUUGUUGUGGGGGAGUCCUACACGCUGGUGGAGAGACCCUCCCUGAAGAACUUCCCCGCUGGACCAGCAGACAGAAAAGCAAUUUUCUUCAACAGCCACAACGUAUCAAAGCCAGAGUCCUCUUCAGACCUGACAUCUAGGGACAACGUGGAGGGGGUCUCCCAGCCACCCAAUGAUGAUGUCAUCAGAGAGUUGUCCAGGUCCUUGCGACAGGAGUUGGGCGUGUCCUUGUUUGGCAUUGACGUCAUCAUCAACAACCUUACGGGCCAACACGCCGUCAUCGACAUCAAUUCAUUCCCUGGUUAUGAGGGUGUCCCAGAGUUCUUCAACGAUCUCCUGACCCACAUCACCAGUGUGCUCCAAGCCAACUCUGCUGACAGCCCCCCAGCCAGCGGGCAGCCCAAAGGCCUGGUAUCCACAGCCCCCAGCCUAACCCCAACCCCUGGCUCCCCAGGCUGCUGCAGCAUGCUGGGGAAGGAGGCCAGCAGCAGCCCCUGGAUCGUGGAGGCGGAUGGGAACCUGAAGGGCCCCCGCCAGAGACUGGGCUGUAACUCAGCCAUGUCCCCCAACUUCCAGCAACACUGUGUUUCCACGAUAGCCACCAAGGCUUCCUCCCAAUGACUGCCCUCCUCUUCCACCUUAGGAUUAUAAUGGUGACAAUAAUUAAUAAUGGUCAUAAUAUAUGACAUUAAUUUUAAUAUAUCUGUAAUCAAAAACCAACUUUUUCUAUGUAGAUAUUGAUGAUGGUGAUUGGUUGUAGAUGUUUUUCUCUGCCUUUUAGAUGUUUUGUUUAGUAGGACUUACGUACUGUAAUGUGAACUUUUGGGAUCUCUGCUUAAUUGCUGAUUUUAGUUUCUCUCUGUGAAGUCUCUUUAAUCAAGUGGUCCACAUGAGUUGGUUAGGGGAAAGAUCUUGUCUGAACUUUUGUCUACAGCCGUGAAGGAAAAAGGCAAAUCAACAUCCUGUGCUCCAUAUACACUCACGGUUCCAGCAUUGACAUUCACCAGUGAUGUAUUUCUUUUGAUGUUUACCACUCUGUCAUAUAGUGGAGAAGGGAUAAAAAGUUGUUUUAUUGUCACAUACACUGGAUAGGUGCGGUGAAAUGUGUUGUCUGGGUACUAUAACACUCAUCCACAGGUUUGGAGCAGCUGCCAGUGCUAAUGGCACGCAGAUCAACUGACUUAAAGAACCCACUCGAUCAUUUCCAAAAUCACAAGCAAGUCAUUGGGGUCUUGAUUGACAUUAGAUAUGAUGAAAUUGAACGCUGGUUGCUUUGUGUACUAUUUAAUUAACGAUGUGCUUUCUUUCAUGUGCAAGGCUCUUGUCAUGUGAAUUUCAUAGUCUUCACAACAGCAGAAACAAAAUAGAUAUUAAUCAAGAUCAAGAUGCAGCACGAAAGGCUGAAAAUACCUGCAUAAACCUUUUGAUCACACCUCAUAUAAAUGUUUGUCAGCAGAAAAAUAAAUCUUUGAUCAUGUGACCAAGUUUAAUGUGGGAUAAUGUUUAUAAAAGCCUUUGAGUGUUUGUCAGAUAUGGUUGAGGUUUAUACAGGUGUUUUAUGUGACUAAACCAGUCCAUUUCCUUGCCUCAACUUGUGUUAUUCCAGCACUGCUGAAAGAUGAGGAUCACAUUCCUUUUUGUAUGUGGGUGUUUUCAAAAAGUAUUCCAGCAUUCCAAUGCUUUAGUGAAAAAUGACUUUUAUGGAAUUGAAAUGAAUCGGCAUGCUGAACUCUCAUUCUCUCUCCCUCCAUUACUACUCAUUCAAAGCUCAAUUCAACCUCUGGGCCUCUAACACAGUUUUCAAUUGGUAUUGUGUUCAGAAAACUAACUCUUACUCCACAAAUGUCUAAUUGAAUGAUAUAUAUUUAGCCAACUAAAUCAACACAAAUUAUUUUUGACCAUGAAAUGAAUGUCUUGAUUACAAUGCUAAGGAUUCUUUAUUUUCUUUGUACUUUGCCUUAUUGACAAUACAUAAUUUUAAGCAGACUGCCGGCAUCUAGUCAGCCCAGUGCACUCUUAUAUAGCAGGUAACGUCAGUCUCCAAACUCCCUGUAAGCAUCAGCUGCUGUUAUUUUGAGGUGUCACAAUAUGUAAAGAAAAAAGAAAUCUGAUUUUUCUCCCAAUGUUCAUGGUGAGAUCCUUUAAAAAAAAAACGUAUAUUUUGUUCAUGGGGGGGGGGUGUAUUUUUAUAUAGUGGAGAAGAGCGAGUGAACAACAUGGAUUUUUUUUGUCAUGAGUAGUGAGAUGGUGGUUUGGCAAAUUAAAUGAUCUUCAAGACCAAGCUUACAGUUGUCACUGUCUUCACCCUUAGCAUCCAGUUGAAGUGUGUGGAAAAGAGUGCAGGGCUGCCAACUAUGUAAAAAUAGGGUGUUUUAAGCACUGCUUCAUCACAGGCUGACACAGUGAAUUGACAAGCUCAUCAGAGGUUACUUACUCACCUGGUCAUUGGGGCUGACUGACCAUCUAGUGUAGCCAUUCAACCUGCUGCCCUCCAGAACAAGAGUUGGGUAGCAGUGGUCCUAAAGCCUUCCUUAUUGAAGGACACAUCCUCAACCCUGUGUGGGUGAAGUGAUCAAGGAGAGAAUGUCUUAACCAAGCCAUGCCCAGUAUGUUGUGGAAACACUGCAAUCUCUAUACUGUGUGUUCUGCAUCUAAUUGGGAAAUAUUACCCCUACUUACUACCUUGUUCAUUUCUCUGACUGUCAUUGUGCUCUCCACUUCCACAAUGUUUACUUGGAAAUGUUACUAUAUAUAUAGUAACGUGUGUAUAAUAUAAAAUACAUUUUUGUAAAAGUUCUCUAAAGAAUAAUACAAUGUGACUUUUUUAUUAAAUGGCUAAAACAGGGUGAAAAAUAACUUAAGUGAUUUCUAAAAAAUAAAAAAAACUUGGCGAGAAAUUGCUAUUACUGUUCUAGUCCUUUAGUCCAGAAUAACAGAUCAUGUAUAUUCUUGGUAAAAGUAAUUAAAUUAAUUCCCCCAAA